GAGUCAGCGGUUUCUGUAUGCUGUUACAGAUGUGUUGCUGGUAGAAACAUGGAGAAACCAAAAUCCUCAGACAGAGCAGAGCUGGAAGAGACAACAGGCCUGGUGGAGGAUGGUGAUUUGCCUCAAGGUGCCGAAGGUGGAAAGGUGGAUCCUCGAACACCGAGGAAGAGCAGCUCCUCCCGCUCUUCCCGUAAGAGUUUCCGUCUGGACUACCGACUGGAGGAGGAGGUGACGAAGUCCUGUCAGGACAAACAUGGUCGCUGGACAAACCCCUGGCCAACAUGGCGCUUUCCUUCCUACUCUAUGCUGCUCAGAUUUCUGGUGCUGGAUAAAAAUCACAGCAGUGUGCCAACAAGCAAAGAGGUCCUGGACAGUGAACUCCCAGUAUUGGAGCCCUACUUUGUCCAGAAUCCAGAAGCGUUGGACUCUCCUGCUGGUAUGAGGGUCACCUGGCUGGGCCACGCUACAGUUCUGGUCGAAAUGGAGGGGGUCAACAUUCUGACCGACCCCAUUUUCAGCCAGAGAGCAUCAUUUCUUCAGUUCAUGGGGCCCAAACGAUACAGAGGACCCCCCUGCACAGUGGAACAGCUGCCGAGGAUAGACGCCGUCCUCAUCAGCCACUCUCAUUACGAUCACCUGGAUGCUGGAUCUGUUGCCAGCCUUAAUGCACGCUUUGGAGGGGAGCUACGCUGGUUCGUACCCCUGGGUUUGAUGGACUGGCUGGCCAAGAUGGGCUGCGAGAACGUGAUGGAGCUGGACUGGUGGGAGGAAAACUGCGUCCCGGGUCACGACAACAUCACGUUUGUCUGCACACCCUCUCAGCACUGGAGCAAACGGACAGCGUGGGAUGAUAACAGGUCUUUAUGGAGUAGCUGGUCUGUUUUGGGUCCCAACCAUCGAUUCUUCUUCGCCGGCGACACAGGCUACUGUCCGUCCUUCCAGGAGAUCGGACGCCGCUUUGGGCCAUUCGACCUCGCAGCGAUCCCAAUUGGAGCGUACCUGCCCAGGGAUGUGAUGAAGGGACAGCAUGUGGAUCCAGAAGAGGCUGUUCAGAUUCAUCAGGACCUUCAGGCCAAACAGUCUGUAGCCAUACACUGGGGGACCUUCGCCCUCGCCUCUCCUCCAUGCAGUACUACCUGGAGCCGAGGGGACUGAAACCAGAAUCCUUCUUCACGUUGCAUCACGGGGAGUCCCGGCUCAUCGCCACACAAGAUGGAGACGUCUUCGACUGAUGUCUGCAAAACCAAACAUUUCAUUAAAAGACUGAAGACUUGAGCUCAACCUAAAUAAAAAUGAAUGUUUUAUGGUGCAUACAUUAACUGUUUGGCAUCUCACAGCUGCAGGAGGAGUUUGUACAAGGAUCACACUUUGAUCUAAGGUGAUUCACCUUCAGUCAUAUGAUCAAUUAUUAUUGCAGACAUGACAGGAAGAGAUGACUUACAUGCUGAUUCUCUUAGAGUUGAGGCUUCGGGGGUUUGCACACUGCCUCAGACCCCUUUGAGCCCUGAGGAGGAAAAACAAAGCGAGGUCAGAGCAGAAAAGGUUCACAGGACAGGAUUUAAAGUUCAAACCCAUCCCUUCUAAGAAGCUAAGUUUUUCAGAUUGUGUUGGUUUAAAACUCUAGCUUCACCUUGCAACUUUAGACUCCUACAUGAAGAGUGUUAUUCUUUGAGAUGAGUGUUGCCAUAUAGUUUUUUUUUUCUGAAUGUGCUACAGCCAAUCCAGAACUGCUACCUGUGAUGUUUACAUUCAACUGCAAUGUCCUGAUAGACUUU